AUGCACAAUGUAGACGUCUACUUAUACGAUGCAGUUGUGUGGCGACUGCCUAAUGGCCCGGAAUACCGAGAGUCUGACAGUGAUGAAUACGGGGUGUUCCAUUUCCACUUCGACCAUAUAAUGCAGCGCAAUGGUGAAUUCCGGGUUGGGAUAUACGCUAUAGUUGCCUUCCAUGGCCAAGACUACGUGGAGCAAAACAGGUAUCCUCGUGUGGAUGGCAACGACAAUCAAGGUGAGAAUCGACGAUCUCACGUCUUGAAUUGCAAUACGGGCAAUGACGUGACUGAUCAAACCCAUUACUUUUAUCCUGGAGAUGGAGCGGAGUCUGACUAUGGUGAUAAUGAGCAUCACCGGGCGAUUUGGCGUUUUGCAAAUUAUCUGCAGCAGGAGGACUUGGUAACGGAACAAACGUUCACAGGUGCUCAACGGGGUCAAUUGACGCGAUAUCGCGAUCCGCAGGAUGAAUGUCCGACGCGAUGGUACUUUGACUGGGGAGGUUAUCGGCAGGGUCGUCCCUUCACCCCGGAAUAUGCCCUGGGUCAAGCUGCUGAGAACGAUCGCAUGGAUGAUAAUGACGAUGUGUAG